AUAAGCUUAAUUAUACUAUUAACCCUAUCAAUAACCGUAGUUAUUAUUAUCUAUACCAUCAACACACUUAUAGUUACCAAACCAGAUAUCAACAAACUCUCACCAUACGAAUGCGGAUUUGAUCCACUAGGUGACGCACGAUCCCCAAUUUCAAUCCAGUUCUUCCUAGUAGCCAUCCUAUUUAUUCUAUUCGACCUAGAAAUUGUCCUCCUCCUCCCAAUCCCUUGAAGCAUAAACACUAACCCACCCCUGACCUCAGUCACUCUUACUAUAAUCCUAUUAACCCUACUAGCACUAGGACUUAUAUACGAAUGACAUCAAGGUGGACUGGAAUGAACAGAAU